UAAAAAAUAUAAACGAAUAAAUCAAAAGUUGUAUAAUAUGCGAUUUGUGUAAAAAUUAUGUAGGUACUGCGUGCAUAAGUAAUUAGCUUAGUAAAUCGUUUGUGUUAUUGCUUGUUCACUUGAAUAUCAUCACCUUGACCCCAUAAUUGUUAUUCAGACAUAUAAUAGUCUUCGUCCAGUGUGUCUAGAUGAGCUGUCGUGUUAAAAUCCAAAUUUUUAAAUUUGAAUGUGCUUAACCACGAAAACGAAAUCAUAGCAAUGAUAUUAUGUAGACUGUACCUUGGUAACGUUCGGGAUAUGAUAAAUUGUCUGUCAAAAAGAAAAUCAACAAAUUGAACAAAAAACCACGAGAACAUAAGACGUCCAGAGAUCGUCUCACGUCGGUCGAAUGUUUGUUAUUAUACCACCUCGCCUUGUUUAUUUAUCUAUACGACUAUACAUAAUUUUUAGAAAGUGUGCACUUAAAUUACAAACCCGCGGUCAUUAUACACUCAUACACGUGGACUACGAACGCUUCAAUUACGAUUUUAUUUUUGAACCAUACAAAAUUACACGGUAUUGUACCUAUAGUAGUAUAGGUACCUACCUAAUACUAUAGAUGACUUCUAGAAUGUAUAUUUUUCAAUUCGGGCGCAGAGUGUAGUUGGAUCCUUCGAGCCUCGAGGUUCGAUGCAGUAAACUAUUACGUAGUUGUUGUAUGGGUAGUGGGUACAUGUUUAAAUAGGAUUUUAAAUGUAUAUAUUACAGUGGUUGCAUAGUAUUGAACCCAAAGCGAGUGUAAACACUAAACAGUAUAUGUUUUCGACAAACUUCGAAAUCGACGAUUUUGUAUACGAUUUAAUCGUAGUACCUACCUAAAAUAAUAAUAAUAAUAAAAAAAAAAUCAUAUUAUUUUGUAACGAUUUCUGGACUUCGGUUCAUUCGGGAAAUGAUUUGUAUUUUGAUUUCCUGUAAAAUGCUAAAAAUAUUAUGUCCCUUAUUAAAAUGUUUGUAAAUAAAAUUGCGAUCGGUAUCUGGCUAAGUUAUCAGUCGAAUUAUGCAUCCUUAGCCUAUACAAUAUUGUAUAACAUUAUAAUGUAUUAUGACUUUCCAGCGCCUUUCCCUUUGAACAGUUCACGACUGGUCGACGAGAACGUGGUCAGACAAACGAUGGAAAAUAUCCGGGAUACCGUGAACAAAGUUCAAGUGUCACUUGUAGAAUCGAUGACCAAACAGAAUUACUACAUGAUGCGCCCGUGGCGGAAAACAGGCCGGAAUUCGAGCGAAAAAAAAUGGUUGCCGGAAUUCGUGACGAGCAUGGAUAUUAUUGUAUCGUCGAUCCAUGUAGAGGACCUCACAGAAUGUCCGUUCCGACUAUCCCCUUGCGGCUUAGGCCGUGUCAUAAAAAUUUAUUGUAAAAAUUAUUGUGAAGCAUCACGGGGCCGAGGCUACACUAUCACACAGCAACCGCCGAGGAAAGUGUACCCAGCCCCAUGCAAAACAAAACAAAGAUGUAUGUACAUUUUAUUAAAUAAACGAUGCUACAUGGGGGUCAAGCAAUGUGUAAACAGUAUGGCUCCCAUGUAGUGCUUAACAAGGAAAAAAAGAAAAAAAGAAGUUAUUAUUGUUUUUAUCAUCCUUAUUUUUAUGUAUAUCACGAUAUAAACAAUACAGAACAAUAAUGCAUAUAGGCAAUAGUUAUCAUUUUACAGGCCACGUAUGAUGAGCGUUGUCUGAAAAACCUGAAACGAAAUUUCCUUCAAUACUUAUAUUUUACCCACUUUAAUUUCUGUUUUUGGAAAAUCAACUAUUUAGAAUCUUUUUAUUUUGGUCAUCAUAAUGUCGUAAACGAUAAACGUCAUAAUAAAAAAAAUACAUUCAUCGUUCCACUCAGAAUCUAAAACGUUACUCUGAACCCAAUUCUGUUUGAAAUAUUUUAUUGCCUUUAUAUAUAAUAUAAUUGUAUAUUUUUUAUAACCUCACCUGUUGUAGUAUUAGACAUCCAUGCAUGGUUAAUCUGUAUCGGUGACAUAUACAGCUCUUUUCCAAUUUUGUUUCUGUAAACGGUUAUUUACGGUACUUUUUUAUUCCUCUAUUUAUGUUAUAUAAUAUUAAAAUGUCUUGAAAAAUUGCUUUAGGAUAAAAAUUGACUUCCCUUGUUCAAUGCCAAAAACGCGGUGAAUUCUCAUACAUAGGUACUCGUUUAACGAGUAAAUGUAUUUCUGAUAAAUGAAUAACUCAUUUUCAAUUUUAGCUCUGAAUGCUUUCAACGAAUGUUUGAUGCCUCAAUAAUUAAAUACCAGACAAACAAUAAUGAACUGUUUUCGAGUGUUUUAAGUUUUGUCAGCUAGAGCCUGAAGUAAUGCGAAUUGCGAUAAAUGUAUUAUGACGAAAUAAAAUUAUUUAUUUAUACAGCGCUGUUAAAACUUUCUCUUAUAAUUUAUAGAUCAUCAAAAGA